CUCGAGCCGAUCAGCCAAGCCAAGGCAGAGCGAGUGAGCGUUGCAUAGCGAAGGGAAGAGGUGGUUUGCUUCGUUCAGUAUUUUUUUAUGAACAUAACUACGAAUCACCUCUUCUUUUAAAGAUGUGGACAGAAGUCGGGAAGCUAAUGCUCCUACAUGUGUUACUAUUGGAGCUCCACUCCACCCAAGGGACUCAUACGGAUACGGAUUGUGAAACGGGUCAGUUUCAAUGCAAGAACGGAAGGUGUGUACCUACUCUCUGGAGAUGUGACGAUGACGACGACUGCUCUGAUAACAGCGAUGAAGAAAACUGUCCGAAGAAGACGUGUGCCACCACAGACUUUGCUUGUAAGAACGGCCAGUGUGUUCCCCAGCGGUGGCGUUGUGACGGCGAGCCGGAGUGUGCUGAUGGAUCAGACGAGGCCGAUGCUACAUGCAGUCGACAGACGUGCCCACCUGAGAAGUUUGACUGUGGGGGGUCAACCAGCAAGUGUGUCUCGUUGUCAUGGAGAUGUGACGGUGAAAGGGACUGUGAGAACGGAGCUGAUGAGAACCAAUGUUCCGCAGACGCCAAUGCCUGCCCCGCCAAGGAGUUCCAGUGCCAUAACAGGAAAUGUGUGGCUCCCAUCUUUGUGUGCGACGGCGACGACGACUGCGGGGAUUGGAGUGAUGAGGAGAAGUGUUCCACUUCCCGCUGUGGCUCCCAGGAGUUCCGCUGUAACGACUCGGAGUGUAUCCCAGCUCUGUGGAGCUGUGAUGGAGACCCUGACUGCAGGGAUAAGUCUGACGAGUCUAUGGAGCGCUGUAGUCGCCGAACAGAGCCCCAGAAGCCCCGGUGCUCGGCGGGGGAGUUCCAGUGUGGAAGUGGAGAGUGUGUCCACCUCAACUGGAAGUGUGACGGAGAAGACGACUGCAAGGACAAAUCUGACGAGGCUGACUGCGCUCUGCUGACCUGCCGUCCAGAUGAGUUCCAGUGUGGUGAUGGGUCCUGUAUCCAUGGAACCAAGCAGUGCAACAGGGUGCACGACUGUCCUGACUUCAGUGAUGAGGCCGGCUGUAUCAACGUCACUAAGUGUGAUGGCCCCAGGAAGUUCAUGUGCAAGAAUGGACAGUGUAUCAACAGCAGCAAGGUGUGUGAUGCUGUCAAAGACUGCAAGGACUGGUCAGAUGAACCUAUGAAGGAGUGUGGUGUGAAUGAGUGCGCAGACAAAAAUGGAGGCUGCUCUCACAUCUGCAGAGACAGGAGGAUUGGCUAUGUGUGUGACUGUCCCUCUGGAUACCAACUAAUGGACAAGAAGACCUGUGAAGACAUAGAUGAGUGUGAAAAGCCUGACUCCUGCAGCCAGAUCUGCAUCAACUACAAAGGAGACUUCAAGUGUGAAUGUUAUCAGGGCUAUGAGAUGGACCCCAGCACCAAGACCUGCAAGGCCGUGGGGAAGAGCCCGUACCUGAUGUUUACUAACCGCCAUGAGAUCUGUCGUAUAGACCUGGUAAAGAGAGAAUACAGCCAGGUGGUUCCCACUCUGAAGAACGCUGUAGCCUUGGAUGUGGAUGUCACCACCAACAAGAUGUACUGGUGUGACCUCUACCAGCGCAAGAUCUACAGUGCGUACAUCAACAAGGCCAGUGAUUCGUCGGAGCAGGUGACUCUGAUUGAGACAGCGCUGUCCUCUCCAGAGGGACUGGCUGUUGACUGGGUCCAGAACAACAUCUACUGGACCGACUCCGGAGAUAAGACUAUCUCCGUCGCCACGGGAGAUGGCAAGAAGAGGAAGGUCCUGAUCGACACUGAGCUGAGCGAACCACGGGCCAUCGCUGUGGACCCCCGACAAGGGUUUAUGUACUGGUCUGACUGGGGGACCCAGGCGAAGAUCGAGAAGGCUGGCAUGAACGGAGUGGAUCGCCAAGUACUGGUGUCACAGAGGAUCGAAUGGCCCAAUGGCAUCACUCUGGACCUAUCCAACAGGCGUCUGUACUGGGUGGACUCCAAGCUGCACCUGCUCUCCAGCAUCGACCUGAACGGUGACAACCGCAAAGUGCUGCUCUUUUCCCAGGACCACCUGGGGCACCCCUUCGCUCUCACUGUCUUCGAGGACCGUGUGUACUGGACAGACCUGGAGGAUGAGGCUAUCUACAGCGCUAACAGGCUAACAGGACACGAUGUGGCUACGCUAGCAGAACACCUCAAUAACCCUCUAGAUGUUGUGGUGUUCCACGAACUACGCCAACCCAAAGCUCCAGACAGCUGUAACAUGGGCAGUCUACCUAACGGGGGCUGUGAGUACCUGUGUCUUAAAGCCCCCCAGAUCACUGACCACUCCCCCAAGUACACCUGUGCCUGCCCGGACGGCAUGGAGCUGGGACCAGGCAUGAGACGAUGUGCCAUAGUCAAACCCAAGACAACCACAUCAGCUCCGAACACAGCCACCAGCACUACCACUACAACUCCUACCACAACCACCACCUCAGCAACCACAACUACCAAUCCAACCACAGGUGCUACUAAAACCACCACCACCACUACAGAACCAACCACAGCCACACGGUCGACCGCAGUUCCUUCGACAUCCUCCCCUCCUCCUCCCCCCAGAACAACAGCUUCGUGGAGGACCCCUCCCUCCACCUCGGGCCCCCGCUCCACUUCCACACCCCCUCUACUGCCCAACAACAUCCAGAGAGAGAACGCUAACCUCUCCCACCACUCUGGAAAUGACCACUACCUCCUGGGUAACAACAUAACAGUGGCGGUUUUGGGUAUAGUGAUUCCUAUAGUGAUCAUCGGCCUGCUCUGCACCGCCGGAUACCUGAUCUGGUGUAACUGGCGCCGGAAGAACACCAAGAGUAUGAACUUCGACAACCCUGUGUACCGUAAGACCACGGAGGACGACGAUGACGAGAUUCACAUCGGUCGUACUGGAGAGUCUAUCGGCCACGUCUACCCCGCUGUGAGUGGCAGCGCUCACCAGCCAUUCCUAGCCCUGCCCCUGGGGGGCGGGAUCACAGACAGCAACUCCCAUUGGUACUCGGGGGCUCCCAUGCAUCCCACCGGCAAAUGAGAUGAGAUGGGGUGGGACUUGGCGAUAGAGAGAGGGUUGGAGUGUGUUGGGGUGGGAGAGUCUCCAAGACAGGGACAGGCUUACAUCCUCACACACACACACACACACACACUUAAGUCACAAAAUCAUUCCAAAAACUUCCUUGGUCAAACACGGAUGUUGAGCCCUUCAUCACCAGCCCACCACCACAUUAUCUUCACCUUCAUUCAUCAUAUAGUCUAUUGGGUCUCUAUCCAUCUCCACAUUCUGUGUUUUGACAGUGUGUGUCACUGUGUUGUCGUUGUGCGUUAGGGAGGCACAGCGUCCUCGGUUGUAGCUUUACUCUCUCCUCUAUGAAGACUUAGUGAAGGGAGCAUCAAACCUGCUCAUUCCCCUUUGGAGUGUAGAUUAGGCAAAAGGGGAACAGUAACCAGAACAGAAACAGCACCUUAGAUGACGGGACAAUCUUUAAUCAUAUUCAUUUAUUCCUGACUAUUCUUGUUUUUAAUGAUAUAUUUCUCUGCAUGAGCGUUUAGUUUUUCUAGCGGUGUACUUGUAAGGGAUCUUAAACAGGGAUCUGCUGGUAAACAUGAACAAGACAGCGCUGGGAUCAGUUUGCAUGGUGACACGCAUUGCUGUCGUGGCGUGGUAGAACAGAGGGAGAGAGGGGUAGUUUAUACACACACACACCUGGUAUGCUACAGUGCUGUGCUGAGAGGUCAUGUUGAAUACCACCUCCUCUUAAGAAUGGGUAGUGGGGGGGGAAACAAGAUUACACCUGGGCUUUCCCUCUUCUCCUCUCUCCUCUCCUAUCUCCUCUUCUCCUUUCCUGUUUUCUCCUCUC